UAAUGUUGGCUAUUGGUGAUUCUGUUCUUCGUAUUACGAACUUUGUUCUUCUUGUCAUUGUUUUGGGUUUGACUGGUUCUCUUGCUGCUACCACCAUCUCCCACACUAACCCUCAAGUUAACUUUGCUGUGUUUGCCGCUGCUUUUGCCCUCCUUACUUCAUCCUUUUACGGUAUUCUUGCAUACUUGAUUGAAGCCUUUGCUUGGCCUGUUAUUCUUGCCACUUUUGACUUCUUGAACCUUGUUUUCACUUUUGCUGCCGCCACUGCCGUUGCUGCUGCUCUUAGAGUUCACUCUUGUGACAACAAGGAAUACAUCGACAACAACACCAUUGCUCAAGGUAAGACUGGUCGUUGUAGAAAGGCUCAAGCUUCUGUUGCUUUCCUCUACAUUUCCUUUUUCAUUUUCUUGGCUUCUUCUGUCUUCUCCUUCAUCUCCAUCACCCAAGGUGGUUUGUUUGGAAGAGGUAGAGUUGGUUCCAAGGCUUGAAUGUUUUCAUCUUGAUCUUGAUUUACUUUCAAAAUAUACCCUUUUUUAUUUGUAUUAGUAAUGAUGUUUUAACAUCGAUAAUAUAUUCGUUUAUGUUUUAAAAA